CACUUUUCUCCGUUCCGUUCAUUUCCGGAAUUUUCUUAAGAACCAAACUAAUAUUUUCCCGAAUAUUCGUAUUUCUUCGUUUCACCACCGCAUAAAAAAUGGACAUUCCAAAUUUGACCCGCCUCUGAGUGUAAUUGCAAUUCCUCCAAUUCUUCGCCGGAAAAACUCGACGGAUUGUAUCGUCGGUCUUAUGGCUCUGCUCAUACCUUCGCCGGAAAUUCCAUCUGUAAUUUACUUCCAAUCAAACCCCAGGAAUGUUCAACAUCACAGAGUCUUGAAAAAUAGCAUCAGGGUUAGGGUUAAUGGUGGCGUUUGUUCGAGGAUUAAGGAUUUGGAGGCUAGGGUUUCGAAUUUGGGCCAUAAUGUGAGGUUUCCCGGAGAAUUCUGGGCUCUUGUGGAGCCGAAUACUACGUUGUCAUCAAAGCAAAGCAGAGAGGAUGAAGAGAAGCAGAAUUACUAUGUGAAUACAGGUUAUGCGAUCCGGACUCUAAGAGAAGAGUUUCCCGCUCUUUUCUAUAAGGAGCUCAGUUUUGACAUUUACAGGGAUGACAUUGUCUUCAAAGAUCCACUCAACACUUUUGUCGGCAUUGAGAACUAUAAAUCAAUCUUGUGGGCACUACGAUUUCAAGGCAGGAUAUUUUUCAGGGCCUUGUGGAUUGACAUUAUAAGUGUGUGGCAGCCUGUGGAGAAUAUGAUACUGGUCCGUUGGACAGUCCAUGGCAUCCCACAAGUGCCAUGGGAGAGCCGUGGUCGAUUUGAUGGCACUUCGGAGUACAAACUUGAUAAGAAUGGGAAGAUCUACGAGCAUCGAGUUCACAACAUUGCUUUGAAUGCACCCCCAAAGUUUCAAGUACUGGCUGUAGCUGACUUAAUCCAAUCUAUUGGUUGCUCCUCGACCCCAAAACCAACUUAUUUUGAGAUAUUGUCAUCCUCUGUCAGGAACAAUGAGGUGUUUGUGAAGCUCACGGAGGUUGGGAGUUACCUGGCUUCUAUAUCAACCUCUGCUCAGAGAACUGAGACAGAAUCAUCAGAAAGGUCAUAGUGAUGUUUUGUAGUUCCAAAAUUUUGGCCUAUGUGGUGUUAUGCUAAACGAAAAUUUUCACAUAUAAACACCUCUGUGUGAGCUGUUUGCGGUCAUGUUUACAGGCACAUUAUGGUAUUCCAAUAUUGCGGUAUAGUUUUGUACAGUGUAAUCUAAUUAAAUGUAUAAUUUACGGUUUUCUUGAUUUAUAUGUCACUUAUUUCCAUCUUCAGUUGACCAUGGAACCUGGUACUCCAUGGCGGGGCAGUCUUAGGGGUAUCUGUAUCUCCCAAUUUGUUACACCCGACAGCGAUCUUUCGUGUGCAUCUGGUGGUCAAUCCUACAUUUUUAUUUGAUUUUCUGUUUCAACGGUCGGGGGUAUUUGGAUUAAUUUGUACACAUU